AUGAAGGCCGAUACCAAGAACAACAUCAAGAUGCGAUUGAUCUAUCACCAGCAAGCGUUGCAAGACCUGGAAAGAUUCAAGGAGAUCGUUAAGGAGGUGAUAGGAUCACUACAAGAGGAGUAUGCAGACAAGGGACGGGAGUAUACCGAAGACCUUGAGCAAUGGCUUAACCCCCGCGAGUUCGAUGUCUCUCCCGAGAUGGUUGAGCGCUUUGCACAAAACUCCGCCCACAUACGUGUGAUCCGGGGAGGCAGAGUUGAUCAAGACCCCAAAGACCUGAUUCCCCAGUUUAGAAGAGAAUGUCAGCCGGGGAAUGAAGAAUAUCACGCAACUUGGUAUGUGGCGUUCGAGGCCAUGGCCUCUUAUAGGUCGGAAUACAAGGACACAUCUCGAUAUCAUUAUCGGGGUGAAUAUCCUGGGAUGCACAAAGGCGGGGAAGGCCACGACUUGGAUCAGCUUACGAGAUACUCACUCGACUGGUUAAAGUCACGCAGAUGGGUUGCCCCGAGGGAUGAUGCGCAGGAUAAGAUAGUUCCUGAAAAACUACAGAAAGUAUUGAAGGAAAUGGUCAGAUCGGCGGGAAGCGAACUCCCUCACAUUGGGAGUAUGGCUGGAGGCCUUGUUUCUCAGGAAGUAAUCAAGCUGAUCACGCGCCAGUACGUCCCCACGAAUGGGGUUUGUAUCUUUGAUGGUUAUCGAUCAACGACUCAGGUUCUAGAGUUCUAA